UGCGCAUAGAGUAAAUUUGUGGUCGUGCAAGAGUCCACAUGAGCUUGUUUCCAGUUAUUGAUCCUGGUACGAUUAAACAGCACUGCAUUGCUGUCAACUACGAAAACAAUUUCGAUCACGGAGCAUUUGUAAAAACGCGUCGACAAACGGUCACGACAACGUGUGCAUCUGUAUUCAUCCAAAAUAUUGCGAUAUCGAAAUGUGCUGUGCCUUUUCGACGUCAUCAUUGUUCUGUCAAAAUGUAGAAAAGUUCUUGCAAGACUCGAAAUAUCGAUGAGUGAUAUUUAUCAUUAAUACGCAAAGAUAUGUUGUCAAUGUUUUCUCGGGGAAGAAGAAACUCGUAGAUGAAACUUAUUACGAAUUCGUGUCGUUGAGAAAUUUGUAAUUAUAUUGUUUCAUCGAAUUCUUCCGAAAUUUUGUAUUUUGACUUAAAACUUCAGGAAGACUUGAAUUUGUGUGUUGUUGCUGCACAUGUGAUCCUUUAGGUGUUAUUGUCGGUCCGUAAUGAAGAAGUUUACAAUUAAAGGUGUGCUCGACGGGUUCCGGUCAUCAGUUCCUCAACCCGUCAAACCUGACCAAGAAAUUGUCGAAAAUUUACGGCCGGAACACUUUCAAGUAAAAAAGACAUUUAGACAUGGGUUUCCACAUCAACCGACAGCAGUGGCAUUCGAUCCAGUUCAAAAGCUUCUUGCUAUUGGCACUAAAUCAGGAUCCCUUAGGAUUCUGGGUCGACCAGGGGUGGACGCCCACGUAAAACACGAGGGAUGCACGGCAGUGGUACAAUUACAGUUUUUAAUCAAUGAAGGAGCAUUGGUUUCAGCCACUGCGGAUGACACUUUACAUUUAUGGAAUUUCCGGCAGAAAAUACCGCAGGUUGUGCAGAGUAUUAAAUUUCAAAGAGAAAGAAUAACGUGUAUUCAUCUACCGCUACAAAGUAAAUGGUUGUACGUCGGCACCGAACGAGGAAACAUUCAUGUACUACAUAUCGAGACAUUCGUCCUUUCUGGAUAUGUAAUUAACUGGAACAAGGCUAUCGAAAUAUCUAGAAAGACCCAUCCUGGUGCUGUAGUACACUUGAGUGAUAAUCCUUUAGAUUUGAGCAAGAUCCUCAUAGGAUAUGAAUCAGGGCAGAUAGUUUGUUGGGAUUUAAAGACUAAGAAUGCGGAUUAUAGAUGUCAAAGUGACGUAUCAUUGAGAUCAAUAUCGUGGCAUCACGAGGGUAAACAGUUCAUUAGCAGUCACACUGAUGGUUCUCUGUCAACAUGGUCGGUGCGUCAAGUAAAACCAACAAAUGUAACGCAUCCUCACGCAAAAAUAACUAAGGAUGGCGAACCGGAACCUUGCAAACCGAUUCACAAGGUUGAAUGGAAGGUCUCUAGAUCGGGGGAAGCGUACAUUAUAUUUUCUGGUGGCUUAGCAUGUGACACAACUGGUCGAACUCCAAGUAUAACAGUGAUACAUGGAAAGACCACGACUGUAUUAGAAAUGGAGCAUAAUGUGAUAGACUUUAUAACACUGUGUGAAAGUCCUUGGUCAAGUGAUUAUCAGGAUCCAUACGCUGUCGUGGUUCUCGUACAAAACGAUUUGGUUGUGAUAGAUUUAUUAACUCCUGGUUUCCCGUGUUUCGAAAAUCCAUAUCCAAUGGAUAUACACGAGUCACCAGUGACAUGCUGUGCAUACUUUGCGGACUGCCCUUCGGAUUUAGUACCUGCCUUUUAUUCAGUCGGUUCGAAAUCUCAGAAAAAGACAGGAUUUAGCGAAAGGGACUGGCCAAUAUCGGGUGGAGAAUGGAGUUCUAACUCGAGUAGUUACAAUGAAAUUAUUUUAACUGGACACGCCGAUGGCAGUAUAAAAUUUUGGGACGCAUCUACGGGAACUUUGCAAGUUCUGUAUAAAUUAAAAACGGCGAAACUUUUUGAAAAAGGUAGAACACGAAGUAUAGAUUCGGAAGAAGAUCCUUUAGCGAUACAACUCAUCUUUCUUUGCCCUGAAAGUCGGAAACUGGCAAUCGCGGGAGGCGGAAGACACGUUGUACUAUUCAAAUUCAAGAAAGUUGAAAGUAUGUCUGAAGUAGUGACUUUGGACGUAUCGCUGACAGCAGAUUCAGUGAAAGAAGUGGAGAGCUCUUCGGACCACGAUUCACCAGCUGGAAAUCCACCUGGAAAUAACGAACCAAAACCUAAUGAGUUAAAUCACACGCUUAAAGUUAAAACCGGUUUACAGAAGAGGGCUGCAGGUUUUCAAGCAACGUUGAUUUGUUUAACAACUGGCGGUAGUGGGGAACAACCUGAGAACAUAACAGCUCUGAGCUUGAAUUCUUCCUAUGGUUUAAUGGCUUAUGGGAACGAGUCUGGUCUAGUUAUAAUAGAUAUCGUGCAGAAGAUUUCCUUGAUCGUGUUGAACACUGCGGACAUCGGUGGCAAUACGGACCCGUGCCAACGCGUACUGCGCAGUCCUAAACGACAGGACGAGUUAAAGCGAGAAUACGAGGAUAAAGCGAGGAGUCCUAGUACAGACCAGACUCAUCGAGACUCUACCGUGGAAUCUGAAGGCUUGUUAGCAAUGGUAGCGGACAGUGCUCUACAUUCUCAGCAGCAACAGUGUUCAAUUCGAGGGGAGUAUCAGCAAACCGGAAGCAAUAACGAGAAAGGAAGCGCGGAGGAAUCUGUUAUCGAAACGAAUAAACCUGGCGGUGUUACGAGUGAGGAGGAAUGUGUGAAGAAUCACAGCUGGAAAGGAUUCAGUCUGAAAAGGCAACUGAGCAAAGUUGAUCUGAAAAUAAAAAGUACUUUUACACCGGCUUUGGUUACAUCUCAGGAUGGGGUAGGCAGUGAUUCUAGUGGUCAAAAGUCUUCCGUUUUUUACUGUAACGUUAACGAAAGCACGGCUUCGUUAUCCCCGGUCGAAUCAGAACCUUCGUUAACAUCCGAAGAUACGGUAUAUGAGAAUGAGAGUCCGAGUAAUCAAGAAGCGAGGAGCCCGAUGAUCGAAGGGGACAGUACGAAAUUACCGAAAUUUCCAAACGACAACAGUCAACAAAAAACAGAACUCGUACGGCCUGGUAAUCUAACGUUAGUCGACCAAGAACUGAAACCUCCGAGAUUGAAGAAAAUCGUGAAGUUGAAGCAAGCUAAAAGAGAGGGUCGUUUGUUGUCAGUGCCGAAUUUAAAGCUUCCAAAAAACGACCCGACUAUUUGUGACCUAAGGUGCGAAGAAAACACCGGCUCCGAAUCCUUCACCUGCAAUCUAAUAAGACGAUUCAGUCGGGUAGACAAAUACGACAGCUCGUUUCAACGGUCAAGAAGCUCUAGCAUGUCGUCGCUCGAGAAUAUCACCACGGAGACCAUCAGCUGCCUUACAUUUGCAGAUUCUUAUACGAGGAAAAGUGAUACCGUACCUGUGCCAACAUUGUGGAUCGGCACGUCUCUGGGGUCUAUACAAACGGUGAUAUUUAAUACACCACCGCGAGGGGAACGACAUGCUCAUCCGGUUGUUGUUUCAACGUGCAAUGGAUCUACUUUCAAGCUGAAAGGAUGUAUCCUGUCGAUAUCUUUUCUGGAUUGUAACGGUGCCCUAAUUCCUUACUCCUUCGAGUCAUGGAGAGAUGACAGUGUGGAGAACAAAGAUCGCAACAAGAGUCAAGGUAAAUGUACAAACAGCCGGAUGUCGCCGUCAAUGAACGCACAAGUAAUUACAGGAGACGGUUUCGAGGAUCGUCAGUUCGUUGUAUUAGUAUCCGAAAAACAAGCGAGGGUUGUUGCUCUUCCAUCGCAGAAUUGCUUGUACAGGCAACAGCUGGCUGAGACCCAUAUCGUGAUCAAAGCAGAAAUUACUACUUUGAAAGAUAACGUUUGUCUGGUAUGCUACGUUUCGAAUGGACACAUAGCGACGUACAGUUUACCAAGCCUGAGGUCACUGAUAGACGUCGAUUUCCUACCUCUGAUAGAUUUGAGUUUUCAGACUACAAAACAUGGCAUUGUAGACCCCAUGUUGUCCAUAUGGGGUCAUCAACUCUUUGUUAAUGGCGAUACCGAGCAAAUUGCAAAGACACUUUGCUUCAGCAAUAAAGGCCACGGUCUGUAUCUUUCAUCCCCCACUGAGAUUCAAAAGUUUUCCGUGUCCAGUGAAUUCUGUGGAGAAUUAACCGAAAUGAUGGGAGACCUGUUUAUUGGCCACGAUAUGCCUGAACCACCUAAGGAAAGUUUCUUUAAGGGACUUUUUGGCGGAGGAUCGCGAAGUCUCGACCGAGAAGAACUAUUCGGCGAGUCAAGUGGUCGAGCGUCUCGUACAAUAGCGAAGCACAUACCAGGUCCAAACGCCGGAGCAGAAGGUAUUCGCGAACGCGUGACAACCGCUACAGGGGAAGUGAACAUGGCCCAUCAGAUGGUCAUGGAGCGAGGCGAGAAGCUUUCUCAAUUGGAAGAACGAACGGCGCGUAUGAUGACCGAGGCAGAAGGCUUCUCGCAGUCUGCUCAUGGAUUAAUGCUCAAGUACAAAGACAAGAAAUGGUAUCAGCUAUGAGAACAUCCCUGGAAAUUUAUCCAUCUCUACUGUAAUUUAGCGUUCACAUUUCACCCGUGAGUUCUAUCGUACUAACCGAUACGGAGAAGAGUUAAAAAAUUGUAUCGCGAACUUUACACGCACACACAGGAAACAUGUUACACGAGGAAAAAAAAAAAAAUAAGAGGAAAGAGUGAGAGCUAUGUUUGUUUGUGUACGUAUGCGUCAUUGAAUAAAAAUAGGGGAGAUAAACUUUUACAAGCAGGUAAUACACACGCACAUCUUUGAACAAAUUGAAGAAAAAGAAAAAAAAUAUAUAUGGAAGAAAAACUGUAGGAAAAAUUCGUAAAUAUACACGUAUAUAAACACGAGUAAGAUUAAGUACGCGCGAUUUCUCAAACUGUAAUAACAAACUUCUAUUAUAAACGGAUAAAAAGAAACAAAAAAAAAAAAAAAAAAAAAAAAACACGACAAAUGCUGCAAUUGAAGUUCAAUGAAUUAUGUUAGCAGACCUAUAGUUGUAUAAGAUUUUAAGGAAGCAAAAGUUCUUAGGCAACAAUAGAAUCAUUCAAUUACAGUGUGAGUCAAUACAUGAAAACUAUGUGUAAACAAUUUGCCUUUUAAUCGACGUUGCUCGUUAAUCCAUUCGGAAAUGAUGCAAUGUUUGUCGUUAGAAGGCCGGGUAAACGUUGUUCCGAAUGUAUUGACAAUAACCGAGACCGAUAGCGCACCGAAUAAACAUCGGAUACACAGUAUAAUAUAUAAUUUAUCCACGAUAAGGGACUCGUCGAGCUCUUUAUUAUCGUCGUCGAUGAACUGUAUAUUCGUUGUUAUUAAUUGUAGUUAACGCUAGACAAUGCUAUGUAUAUAAAGGAAUACAUGCAGUAGGAAAUAUUAUACGUUGACAAAAGAGCUGUUUGUAUAAUAUAACCUGUUGUAAGUUACGCUACUUCAGAGCCGUUGAUGAAUUCAAUUGAAUUCAUGGCAUCACGUAUAUUGUUAAUUAAUUCAUAUGAAUUUAUCAUCGUCCUGAAUCAUCGUACUGCUUCCAUAGCAAUAACUGUAUAGUUGAUGUUAAUGGUACUAAUCCACCUGAGUUAAACAACACUAUAUUAAAUGACGUGUCCUGCAGAGAUUUAGAUUGCGAAUCUCGUCUCGAAUUAUGAGUUUCCUUGGACAAUAUAACGUAAAUAAUAUUUUAACCACCGUCACACCCUUUCUGUCCCGAGAAAAUAUAUUGUAAUAGAAGAUGAAAGAUAUAAAUGAAGUUCCAACUGUGGAUUCACGUUUAAUCGUUUUCGAUUGAGAAACCUACUGAAUAAACAAAACAUUGAAGUGAAUAAUUUUAAAGUGAAACAGAAAAGCGUCUUGCUAUUCGAUAAGAAAUAAAAAGAGUAUAUAUAUAUAUAUACACAAACACGGUAUACAUACUGUGCAUUAUAAAAGUAUAAUAACAUAGAAAAUGUUCUUCGAACGAACAAGUUGUUUACCGCUCUAACAAUAGUAUAGUAGUUGAAUGUACGAUAGUUGCAGCGACAAAGAAACUAUGCAGAAAGAUACAUUACUAUCUAAGUGUUUGAUAAUAUAACAUAUUCUAACACUUGUUGUAUAAAAAAAAAAAAAUGUACCGUUUAGGUGAUUCUGAAUUGUUUAUCAUAUCAAAGGGGUUGGGACGUGUUUGAAAGUAAUUGAUUGUAAGACACGAAAAGAGGGGAUAUUCCUUUUUGUUCAGCUUCUCCCGAAUGAGAGAUCAACAUGUGAGAAAGUUGUACUUUCAAUCGAAUUAUUUUCAUACACUGUACAAAUUAAUCAGAUGGUUCAUUGUUUCCACUGAUCAAUUACCAAGGUACAAAAGAAGAAGUUGUUGUCGCUUAUUUCGAGAAAUGGAGCUCUGCUGUAUGAGAAUGUCUGCUGUAAUUGUUUUUAUAAACUCAUACAUCGUUACAGCUAUUCGAAAAGCAAGAGUAAAAAAAAAAAAAACAAAAAACAAAA